AUGCUGCCCACCCCCUUCUCGGUGAAGGACAUCCUCAACCUGGAGCGGCCGGAGGCUGCCGGGGGCCCCCGCGCCCCCUCCGGAUCCCGCAGCGCCCGCAGCCCCGACGGGGAGGACGAGCCGCCGCCGCGGAAAUGUUCGCUCGCCCCUCCCUUGGAGGGGGAGGAGGAGAAGAAAAGCCCCCCGUGCCCCCCUCCCAGGCCGCGGCAGAGGAGGAAGCCGCGCGUUCUCUUCUCCCAGGCGCAGGUUUUCCAGCUGGAGCAGCGAUUCCAGCGGCAGAAAUACCUGGCGGCGCCGGAGCGGGAGGAGCUGGCGCGGCUGCUCCAGCUCAGCCCCACGCAGGUGAAGAUCUGGUUCCAGAACCGGCGCUACAAGAGCAAGAGGCAGCGCCAGGACAAAUCCCUGGAAUUGGCCGCCCGCCCGCCGCCCCCCCCGCGCAGGGUGGCGGUGCCAGUGCUGGUCAGGGAUGGCAAACCCUGCCUGGGGGGUUCCCGGCCUUACCCGGCCUUUGCCAGCCUGCCUGCCGGCCCUUAUUCCUGCCGGUCCUGCUACGGCUCCUGCGGGGCUGGAUUUGGGGGGGGUUACCCCGGGGGGCCCCCCGGUGCCACCCCCGGGAGCGGGGGAAUGGCCAGCGCUGCCCAGCUGCCACCCCCGGCCCUCGGGGGGGGGCUCAGGGCUGGCAGGUGGAGGUGA